AUGUCCCAGCUCUCCUCCACCCUGAAGCGCUACACAGAAUCAGCCCGCUACACUGAUGCCCCUUACGCCAAAUCGGGCUAUGGCACCUACAGUCCGUCCUCCUAUGGGGCCAACCUGGCCACCUCCUUCCUGGAGAAGGAGAAGCUCAGUUUCAAGCCGAACCCCUCCACCAGCUUCCUCACCCGUCCCACCAUCUACGGCCCCUCCUCCAUCCUGGAUUUUGACCGGGGCCGCCCCCUGCUGAGACCCGACGUCAUUCGGGGUAGCAAGCGGGCAGAGAGCCAGACACGGGGCACCGAGCGGCCUUCAGGAGGUGGACUCAGCGGCGGCAGUGGAUGCUCGUAUGGAGUAACCAGCAGCUCCCUCGGCUACCUCCCCAUGAAUGUCUGUGACCAGGGGGUGACCCUGAGCCACAAGAAGUCCAACAGCCAGUCGGACCUGGCCAGGGAUUUCUCCAGCCUCCGGACCUCAGACAGCUAUCGGAUCGAUCCCGGGAACCUGGGCCGCAGCCCCAUGCUGGCCCGCACACGCAAGGAGCUGUGUGCCCUACAGGGGCUCUAUCAGGCUGCCAGCCGCCCCGAGUACCUGGUGGACUAUUUGGAGAACUAUGGUCGUAAGGGCAGUGCACCCCAGGUGCUCACCCAGGCCCCUUCCUCACGAGGAGUUCCUGAAGUUCUCAGCCCUACCUACAGACCCAGUGGCCGCUAUACACCGUGGGAGAAGAGCAAGGUCCAGGGCCCGGGGUCCAGCCGCUCCAGCUCCCCGGGACGAGACACCAUGAAUUCUAAGAGUGCCCAGGGUCUGGCUGGUCUCCGGAACCUUGGGAACACGUGCUUCAUGAACUCGAUUCUUCAGUGCCUGAGCAACACCCGGGAGCUGCGAGACUACUGCCUGCAGAGGCUGUACCUGCGCGACCUGAGCCACAGCAGCAACGCCCAUGGCGCCCUCAUGGAAGAGUUUGCAAAACUAAUCCAGGCCAUCUGGACUUCAUCCCCAAAUGACGUGGUGAGCCCCUCCGAGUUCAAGACCCAGAUCCAGAGAUACGCACCACGCUUCGUUGGCUAUAAUCAGCAGGAUGCUCAGGAGUUUCUUCGCUUCCUUCUGGACGGACUGCACAAUGGGGUGAACCGGGUCACGGCGAGGCCCAGGUCCACCCCUGAGAACCUCGACCACCUGCCUGAUGAUGAGAAAGGGCGACAGAUGUGGAGGAAGUAUCUGGAACGGGAAGACAGCCGGAUCGGGGAUCUUUUUGUUGGGCAGCUGAAGAGCUCCCUGACCUGUACGGAUUGUGGUUACUGUUCUACAGUCUUCGAUCCCUUCUGGGACCUCUCCCUGCCCAUCACAAAGCGAGGUUAUCCUGAGGUGACGCUGAUGGACUGCAUGCGGCUCUUUACCAAAGAGGACGUGCUUGAUGGUGAUGAGAAGCCAACAUGCUGUCGCUGCCGAGCCAGAAAGCGGUGUAUAAAGAAAUUCUCCAUCCAGAGGUUCCCAAAGAUCUUGGUGCUCCAUCUGAAGCGGUUCUCGGAAUCCAGGAUACGAACCAGCAAGCUCACAACUUUUGUGAAUUUCCCACUAAGAGACCUGGACUUGAGAGAAUUCGCCUCAGAAAACACCAACCAUGCUGUUUACAACCUGUACGCUGUGUCCAACCACUCCGGAACCACCAUGGGCGGCCAUUACACUGCCUACUGCCGAAGUCCAGCGACAGGCGAAUGGCACACCUUCAAUGACUCCAGCGUCACACCCAUGUCCUCCAGCCAAGUGCGCACCAGCGACGCCUAUUUGCUCUUCUAUGAAUUGGCUAGUCCACCUUCCCGUAUGUAGCAGCAAGGAACUGCACCCCUUCUCCCUUCCCUGUGGUGGCCCGACACCCUAAGUUUUUUAAAAA